CUCCCCUGGUGGCUUCCGUGGGUGCAGCCUGAGAAGCCUGAAGUCACAGUGUCACAGCACAGCUCCUGUCCUCCCCCAGGUUCCUGCCUGAAUACCAGCUUGGGAGCUCUCCACUGCCUGCAGCCACCUCCGACCAGCCCCUCAUCACCAUGCACUCCUUGGACGAGCCGCUCGACCUGAAGCUGAGCAUCACCAAGCUCCGAGCGGCGAGAGAAAAGCGGGAGAGGACGCUGAGUGUGGUCCGGCACCGGGCUCUGCACAGGGACCUCGGCCUGGUGGAUGACAGCCCCACCCCAGGCUCUCCGGGCUCCCCGCCCUCAGGCUUCCUGCUGAACCCCAAGUUCCCUGAGAAGGUAGAGGGACGCUUUUCAGCGGCCCCCCUGGUGGACCUCAGCUUGUCACCGCCGUCUGGGCUGGAUUCCCCCAAUGGCAGCAGCUCGCUGUCCCCUGAGCGCCAGGGCAACGGGGACCUGCCUGCGGUGCCCACUGCCCCGGACUUCCAGCCACUGCGCUAUCUAGACGGCGUCCCCAGUUCCUUCCAGUUCUUCCUGCCUCUGGGCUCCGGGGGGGCCCUGCACCUGCCUGCUUCCUCCUUCCUCACCACCCCCAAGGACAAGUGCCUCUCAUCAGAGCUCCCCCUGCCCAAACAGCUGGUGUGUCGCUGGGCCAAGUGUAACCAGCUCUUUGAGCUCCUGCAAGACCUGGUGGAUCAUGUCAACGACUACCAUGUCAAGCCUGAGAAAGACGCAGGGUACUGCUGUCACUGGGAGGGCUGUGCCCGUCAUGGCCGAGGCUUCAAUGCCAGGUACAAGAUGCUCAUCCACAUCCGCACACACACCAACGAGAAGCCGCACCGCUGCCCCACCUGCAGCAAGAGCUUCUCUCGCCUGGAGAAUCUGAAGAUCCACAACCGCUCGCACACAGGUGAGAAGCCCUAUGUCUGCCCCUACGAGGGCUGCAGCAAGCGCUACUCCAACUCGAGCGACCGCUUCAAGCACACGCGCACCCACUACGUAGACAAGCCCUACUACUGCAAGAUGCCCGGCUGCCACAAGCGCUACACAGACCCCAGCUCGCUGCGCAAGCACAUCAAGGCCCACGGCCACUUCGUGUCUCACGAGCAGCAAGAGCUCCUGCAACUGCGCCCACCCCCCAAACCACCGCUGCCCACCCCUGACGGCGGCCCCUAUGUCAGCGGAGCCCAGAUCAUCAUCCCCAACCCUGCUGCCCUUUUUGGAGGCCCUGGCCUCCCUGGCCUGCCCCUGCCCCUGGCCCCUGGCCCCCUUGACCUCAGUGCCCUGGCCUGCGGCAAUGGCGGGGGCGGUGGGGGAGCGGGGGCAAUGGGCCCCGGGCUGCCGGGCCCCGUCUUGCCCCUCAAUCUGGCCAAGAACCCGCUGCUGCCCUCACCCUUUGGGGCUGGUGGACUGGGCCUGCCUGUGGUCUCCCUCCUCGCUGGCUCCGCUGGCGGCAAGGCCGAGGGGGAGAAGGGGCGUGGGGCAGUGCCAGCCAGGUCUCUGGGCAUGGAGGGCCGCAAGACGCCCCUGGAGAGAACUGAGAACAGCCGCUCCCGGCCAAGCCCUGACGGACUCCCCCUGCUGCCGGGCACGGUGCUGGACCUGUCCACGGGUGUCAACUCGGCGGCCAGCAGCCCAGAGGCACUCGCUCCUGGUUGGGUGGUCAUCCCACCGGGCUCCGUGCUGCUCAAACCGGCCGUGGUGAACUGAACCCACCUGCAGGACGGCUACCUGCAGCCCAGCUAGCAGCUCCCAGCCCUGCCCCUGACGAACGGAAACUCUUCUGCGAAAUAGCAAUAAUGUCCUCCUGCCCCUGGGGCCUGCCCUGUGUCCCCCAGGCGGACCCAGCCCCAGACAAGCUGGGCAGCAAGGAUGGUGCUAGAAGGUCAUUGGUGGUGUCCCAGGCUCUGGAGGGGGAGCUGGUCCUGCCAGCCAGGGAGAGCCGUGCUCCUGGGUGCUGGGUGCUGAGGCCUCACUCACCUCUGGCCC